CUCUUGUGGUUUGUAUUGAUUAUCACCUUUUUUUCUCCCAUUCAACGGUCAAUUUGUAUCUUUAUGGUCGAUCUCUGACGACUUUUGGCAUCAUUCCAUCUCCAUUCGUCUUUGGGGUAAAGAUGAAGAUCAUUUUCAUCCUUUCCGUGACGUGUCUCCUCCUCGAGGUCUGUUUGGCUCGGGGAGGCCGGAGACGAGGCUCAAAAAGUGAGGCCAACGCCACCGAAACUCAAAGUUCUCGAACGGGAAGGCUGUUCUCUCUCUUUAACGUUGUUUCCUUUCAGAACGAUAUGUGCAACACUGACAGUGCGGUCAGUGGCGGCUCAACCUCUCAACGUACUGGAACAUGUUUCACCGUAGGGGAAUGUGAAGCCCGUGGAGGACGACCCUCCGGAACUUGUGCAUCUGGGUUCGGUGUAUGUUGUCUUUUUACCACGACGGAGUGCGGGACCACUAUUACCAACAACAAUACUUAUGUCCGCAAUCCCGGAUUCCCCGAUGAAGUGGAUGACCCAAGUGAUUGUACCUAUCAAGUCGAGAGGGUUGAAGAAGGCAUUUGUCAACUCCGAUUGGACUUCGAAACAUUUGUGAUUGCUGGACCUCCACUGGUUCCCGAUAGUGAUCUUGAAUCUGAGGAUAUACACGAAGUCAAUGGAGGAGAAUGUGUCACAGACUCAUUUACCGUUACUGGGUUGAAGACUGGAUUCAGAGUGCCUGAAAUUUGCGGCGACAAUAAAGGACAACACAUGUACAUCGACGUUGGAAAUGAUGGCAAAUCUGCUGCCACCCUGGCCUUCAACUUCAAUGGCAAUUCAAGAACAGACAAGGAAUGGGAAAUCAAAGUGGCACAGAUUCCUUGUCGAUCAGAAUACAAAGCUCCUAACGAUUGCCUUCAAUUUUUGACCGGCACCAUGGGAAAAUUGAAGACCUUCAAUUUUGACGACCCGGUCACUAGUCAUCUGGCCAAUCAGAACUACAAUAUCUGCAUUCGACAAGAAGCAGGCCAUUGUUGCAUCAAAUAUAGCGUUUGCGAGGAUGAAGAGUUGGCGUUCAGUUUGGAUACCGUCGACGAAGAGGCCAAAACGGACAUUGAUUGUACCCAAGAUUAUCUUCAAAUUCAAAGCAAUGGUCCCAUUUGCCAAAGUUUUCCUCAGGUGUCGUUGAACAAGUUCUGUGGUCUGACCUUUUCUGCCACAGCCGAUACCAAUGUGGAGGAAAACGGGAUCGUGUGUUCUUGUAGUGCUCCCUUCAUGGUUGGUGUGAAGACCAACGAAGUGGCUGAUGAUGAAGACCCCGACGGCACCAACGAUGUCAAUAGCCGAGGAGCUUGCUUGGACUAUCGUCAAGUGCCGUGCUAAGAGUGCAAAGUACUUCCCCGCACGCAACUGAUGGGAUCAUUAAAACAUUUCCAUGAAAUGCUCGAUAACGACUUGAAAAUACACGUCAAUUGCAAACUUGUA